AGGUUUUGUGCUCCAAAAAGUGAAAAUUCAUCAUUAAAUUGGAUUCAAAUCAAAUGGCAAAUGGAUGAAAUCAUCGGGUUACUUUUGGGGAAUGGCCUAAUCCGAGCCAGAGGAAGAAGGAGAAGAAGAAUAAAUUAUCAACUACGAUUAUAUCGCCGGAAGAUCCGUGACAUGGUCAAUCCUUUCGAUAUCCCAGAAGGAGAAUUCAUCAGACUUUUCAGCAUUAUUCCCGAAAAUUUUUCAAUCUCCAUUCACACAUUGAGAUAUCAAACUUCAAUCAUGGCACGAAUGAAGGAUAUCCACAGAAGAGCAGCAUUGGAUUAUAUGAAGGAAAAUCCUGCUUUGGAGUUUGGUCUGAUAAAAGACUCGGCUUUUAAUUCGAAGGCGAAACUGGAGGCUUUAAAAGAUGGUUUGGCUGCUGCGAUAAACGCAGCAGACGGUGGAGUGAUGAGGAAGGAUGGAGAGCAAGCCAUGAGGUCUUGGAAAGAUUGGAAAAGAACUGUUACGACCAAGGCAGCGAAACUCAGACGACACGCUGGGGGUACAGGCGGAGGUGAUCCCCUUCUCGAGGAGCUGGAUGAGUUGGAGAGGGAAUUGCUGGAUUUGUUGGGACCUGAAUCCUAUGGCAUGCCCAAUAUUGAAGAGGGCGGCUUCCCAUCAUCGAGUCGUUCUUCUUUCGCUCGAGGCUAUGAACCUGCUCAAAAGAGGAUGCGUAUGGAGAACAACCGUACGGUGAAGACGGCCACAUGCACAUCUGGUGCCUACAAUAAAAAUCCACUGCACAGCUUUGUUAAAUCAUCCUUCCGUUCAGCAAAUGUAUUCAACACAAUUAAUCCAGCGAGACCUCCACCCAAUUAUCCCACCAAUGACGUCACUCAUUGUCCUUUGGACAAAUAUCAGCGCAGCUCAUUCCACACCUAUGGUGCGAAAGGUUCCUCCAGUCGUCCUAGUGAAAAUUCCUUGAGGCACAAUGGAAGGGACACUCACGACAAGAAUGGCUCAUCACAAGCACGAUAA